GAGAGCUCCACAGCGCCACGCCGCGCCGCUCCGGGGAUUUUCUGGCGCAGAGAGAGAGCGCACAGCUCGGCCGCCAGCAGCGCAGCGAGCCGCGGGGCUGGUGAGGAUGGAGGGAUGAUGUGAUGCGAUCUGAUGCGGGCGGCCCGGCUCAAAGCUACGGGCAGGGCUGGCACUUAAAAGCAGCGCUCGACUCCUGCCCCGCUCACUACUUUGUGUCUUGUCGUCGUGAGAAGGAAAGGGAGGCGCGGACAGCUGAGAGAAGCGUCCGCAUGGCAGAGCUGAUCCACCCAGAGAUAAAAGAGACAGCUAGUUAGCAGGAGCUGGCUGGCACCUCUUUUCCCUACAGACCAGCUUUACACCUCAGCUCCCACUUUGAAACUUAACCUUUGCUGCAUAUUUCUAUUCAGACAUGAUGUCAGUACAAACCUCUCCCCUCUCACGUUCUGGCUCCUCCCCCUCCACUGUGGGUCUGGCGAAUCGCAGUACACCGUCAGCCACCCCUCCCACUUCCCUUAGUCUACGUUCAUCCUACAACCAGCUGCUUGGCCGCGACGUCAUCAAGGAGUCGAUGGAAACCGGGAGCUCGGCCACCUUGCCCAAGAGCCGUCAGAGGUAUGCAAUGACCAGUGUGCGGAGCGCCAUGGGUAUAAGUGACAACCUGGCUUUGUCCUCUAAGUACCAAAAUGUAACCAGAGGCAGGGGUCUCCCAACCAAGUCUUCAUCCAGUUCUGCCCUCUAUUCCUCCUCUACUUCAUCCUCCUCCUCCUUUAACACAACUAACCCCAAACUGGCCAAGAAUGGAGCCAACAUGCAGAGGCGAGCCGAGAGCCAGCAGCUACAGCUGAGCAGGGCCAAUACUGUGGACAAAAUUCACAAUGAUCUCUUCAAUAAUCCUACGUCAGAUUGGCUAGAAUUUGGGAAAGACAACUCACAACUUCCUCCUUUUCGUAGAAGAACCAAAAGCUUUUUGGAGUACCAUGGUAAAUGUUGGGACCUGGACCCCAGUUGGGAAAACAAAGAGGGCAAGGAGGAGGAGGAGAAGCAGCUGCCAUCCUCAGAAAAGGAACCGGAUAGCCCUGCUAAAGAGAGAGACAGGCAGAAGGAGGAGAAGAUCAGUAGCAAGCAAAACUGUCACGAGGAAAAGGAUAACGUGGACCCAGUGGUGGAGGAAGAUGAGGAGGAAGACGAACCCACCCCAACACAAAGACAGCCCCUGCUGCCAGUGGUAGUUGAAGCACCCCUUUCCUCUACCUCCUCCUCUUCUGCAAGCAGCCCAGAGUGGGUUCCAGACAACUUUAACCACCUCCAUAAUCAAGCCCCAGUACCAGUCCGAGAGGAGCUAUCUCCCCAAGUCCAAGUGAGUCCACGUAGUCCUGCAAAGCCUCCUCGAAACUCCCAGCCCCGGGUGAUCAAAGUGGAGCUGCACCCCAACAACGAGAACCAGUUUUUGCAACAAUACCCACCGUUUUCCCCUAAACAGGCCAGGGCUGCUGAAAGACACAACCCUACCAAGAACUGGGCAUCUCCUCCCCUGCAGGAGCCUAAACCAGAGACGGGCUGCCCUAAGGUGGGCCUAAAAAUGGAUAUGGCUUCUAACACACCAUCAGAGGAUGAGGACUCCAGCUGGACCACCCUGUCCCAAGAGUCACCCUCACCACAGAGUCCAAAAGAGACAGCAGAUGUAUGGGCUGAAGGGGAUCUGCCCCCAGGCUGGCGGGAGAUCUCAGACUCAUCCGAAGUCUAUUUUUGGCAUGUUCCCACUGGCACUACACAGUAUGACCGACCUGUUGCCUCUGGAAACCAAGAGACCGCUUCUAGAAAUGAACCAGACUUUGAGCAUGACCCACUAAAAGAGACACAGGACUCCGUGAAGCUACCAAAUGAGCGCCCCAGCAGUUUGCUGUCCGACAGCUCGGUGGAGCCGGUCCCCUCCCCGUCUGGUUCCUCCCCCUCUUCUUCUUCCUCCACGCCCUCCAAAAUCAUCUCCUCUCCCAAUCCAGUUCUCAGCACCACCACCUCCGCAGCAAAAGAGCUGAAGGACUACCCAGUUUAUCCAGAUCCCAGUCUUAAAGCAUUUGAAGGAGCCACCCUCCGCUACGCCUCUCUUAAGCUUAACCCUUCAGCUCAGCUUGAGACAGUGGACCUCAACAGCACAUUCUCUGAUCCAGAGGCGAUGUCAUUUCCAGUGCGAUCUCUGGGCUGGGUGGAGAUGGCAGAACAGGACCUGUGUGAGGGGAGGAGCAGUGUGGCUGUCCACCACUGCAUCAGACAGCUGUCCUACUGCAGAAGGGAUAUAAGAGACUCAGCUGGGGUCUGGGGAGAGGGUAAAGGCAUGCUCUUAGUGCUUCAAGAUCGCAUGUUAACUCUGGUUGACCCAGAUGAUCGCAGCUUGCUCCACUCUCAGCCAAUCAGCAGCAUUCGUGUAUGGGGCGUCGGACGAGACCACGACAGAGAAAGGGAUUUUGCCUAUGUGGCCAGAGACAAAAACACACGGGUGUUGAAGUGCCACGUGUUUCGAUGUGAUACUCCUGCAGCUGCCAUUGCCACAAGUCUCCACGAAAUCUGUUCCAAGAUUAUGGCUGAAAGAAAAAGUGCUAAGGCUGCAGCUGGCAGCUCCUCCCAGAAUGGCUCUGAUGUGCCUCUACAAGAGUUCCCCAUGCCAAAGACUGAACUGGUGCAGAAGUUCCAUGUGUUCUAUCUCGGUGUGACAUAUGUGUCUCGCCCAAUCGGUAUGGACAUUAUUAACGGGGCCAUCGAAAACCUGCUUUCAACUACAGGGAAAGAAGAAUGGACCCCUGUCAUACUAAGUAUUGCUGACACCACCGUGGCUGUCAUCAAAGAGAAGGAGGAAGAGGAGGAGGUGUUGGUGGAGUGCCGUGUGCGGUUUUUGUCCUUCAUGGGUGUUGGACGGGAUGUGCACACUUUUGCCUUCAUCAUGGACACUGGGAACCAGCACUUCCAGUGUCAUGUCUUCUGGUGUGACCCAAAUGCAGGCAGCGUGUCUGAGGCGGUGCAGGCAGCUUGUGUGCUCCGGUACCAGAAGUGUCUGGUUGCACGGCCGCCUUCUCAGCGUGCUGGCCCUUCCUCAUCUCCCUCUUCAGACUCAGUAACACGCCGAGUGACCACCAGUGUUAAACGCAGCGUCCAGUCUCUCAUAGACACUCUGAAACCCAAGAAACAGCCGUCGGAACUGCCCCAGCAAUGACCGUCGCUACUCACUGUAUUGCACCCCACCCCAGCCUGGAUGCCACUCUCACUGUCACCACAAAAACACUUAAUCAGUACCAGACAUUGUAGAAGAUGUUGUACAUACAGUAUAUCAAUUAUGACAGCAGAUGAAGGAGAGAGCCUGACCAUAUUGAAAAAACCUAUCCUGUUGAUGUGUGAAGGACCCUGUUAGAGCUUUGAUCAUUGAGCGGUGCUUUGUCCAAGAGAAAACAUCUCCUGUUUGUGGAUAUCUUCACCUGAUGGAUUACUUGAACUUUCACUCGACAGAAGGGAUGACCCAGGCAGAAAAAUAUCACAUUACUACCCUCUGCUUCUGGAGCAACUCAUUGGUAUUUGUUUUUUUCUUUUCAACUCUGUCGUACUCUGAACUUGUUGACUUGGAUGAGCAACGGAAGCCUUCAAGGACAAAAAACGGGCGUAGUCUUGCUGUUGUCACAAAAGAUUUACACAUGAACAGCAAAAUCAUUCAAGAUCAAACAGCCAAAACGUUUCAUCAGCCCACAGCUGCCCACCAAAUGGUAAAACAACGUGUCCAACAGACAGAAAAACAAAACCAUUUCAUGUAGAAAGAAGUGAUUGUAUUAAUGAUAUGUAUGUCAAUUACUUUCUAUAGAAAGAACGAAAUUCGAGCACAAACUUUGUAGAUAAAUGCUACUGGGAGGUGAACGAUUCUUGAAGGAAGAUGUGACAAAAGAUUGGUUUGUUUUUUUGCAUGUUUUCUUGAAGGAGAAUGAUAAAAAUGAGUUUGGUGAGAUAUGCAUAUUGAUGAGAAGAUUUGUGAACACACAAACACAUAAAAGAGAAAUUAGAAAUGUGCUCUGCAUAACUCAUCUUCACUUGUCCAUGAAUAGAUUUACACUGACACAAGAGCACGCAGCCCCUAACUGAAAUCCUACUGCUCCAUGUGUAAAAAUACAAAUUAAGGAUUGUGUUUCUUUUCUUUAGCUUCUUCAGUGGAUGGGUUAAGACAACAAAGUAGUUUUUAGUGCAUUUAAAGGCUUAAGAUUGUAAUUUUUUUUAUGUAACAGAAGAAUGAUUUUAAAAUCUCAAGAAUGUUAAUUGCUUCUGUUUAAACUUGACAAGCUGCUCAGGAAACUGUAUGAAGAUUGCAAGAGAUGCGAGAAUUUCCAGAUCAGGGUUUUUAUUUUGGAAGAUAUGAAGACUUUGUGGCCAAAAAUACACCACAAAAGGUUAACCGUUCUUUAUAUGGUGCAGAAACAAAUGAAAUAUGUGCCAUACAAGAAGAAUUACCUGCAUUCUCUUCAUCCUAAAGAAAUUCUGCGAGUGUAUGCUCACCAUUGAAAAAUAUACAUGCAAAUCCAUAAGCACAUAAACAUAGGCAGUAAAAAAAUACAUGGAUUUAUACAAUGCUCCCAUCACCUGCACUCAGUGUGAGCUGUGUGAAUUCAGUCUAAUUUAAGUAACAACCACACAAAACAAACGAUCGAGAUGUGAACCAUUUCAUUCCUGUUUGUCACCCAUCUCUACACCAUGUAAAUGUAAUCUGUUGUGACAAUAAAUGCAUUACCAAAAAGAAA